AGAUGGAUUCUGGAGCCCGCCCGGGCGGCGGCGGCGGCGCUCCGGGGCAGUCCCGCGAGUACAAGCUAGUGAUGCUGGGCGCCGGUGGCGUCGGCAAGAGCGCCAUGACCAUGCAGUUCAUCAGUCACCGGUUUCCAGAGGAUCAUGAUCCCACAAUUGAGGAUGCUUAUAAAAUACGAAUACGCAUUGAUGAUGAACCUGCCAAUCUGGAUAUCUUGGACACAGCAGGACAGGCAGAGUUUACGGCCAUGAGAGACCAGUACAUGAGGGCUGGCGAGGGAUUUAUCAUCUGUUAUUCAAUCACAGACCGGCGCAGUUUCCAUGAAGUGCGUGAGUUCAAACAGCUAAUCUAUCGUGUUCGACGCACUGAUGACACUCCCGUGGUCCUGGUGGGAAAUAAAUCUGAUCUGACACAGCUGCGGCAGGUCUCCAAAGAAGAAGGCUGUGCUUUAGCACGAGAAUUCAACUGCCCUUUUUUUGAAACUUCAGCUGCAUACCGUUACUAUAUUGAUGAUGUAUUUCAUGCUCUUGUGCGAGAAAUCCGCAGGAAAGAAAAAGAAGCAGUAAUGGCAAUGGAAAAAAAAUCAAAACCUAAAAGCAGCGUGUGGAAAAGACUGAAGUCACCGUUUAGAAGGAAGAAGGAUUCAGUCACUUGAACAGAGAGAAUUCCUCUGCAAAAAAAAAACAAAACCUGUGAACAGCCAUUUGUAACCAAAGCAGUUUAGUGACAACAUUUUGACAGCAUGUUUUAAACCUGAUGGGACUUUUAUGAGGGAAUGUGUAACUUUUACCAAUUAUUUUUGUUUAGAAUGGUAUUCCCUUAAUUUUGGAUAUUUAACUUAAGACACAGUAACAGUUGUACUUCUGUUUGUUGUCAUUUUUUUACUGGAUCUGGCAAAUGUUGCUUGUAUGUCGUUGGUUACAAAUGCUGAUAGGUUUAUGUCCCUGCACUUUUGAAUGUUUGUCUUCGGUCACUGCGUACUGGAAGCUGAAUUGUGUAAAAUAUUGCUGAAGUUCUACCCAACCUAACUUAAUUAAUUUUUUUCCUAGUUGUUUGCACAAGAAAAUUUUGCUGCUCUCCGGAACAGUAACCUGCAUCACGAGAGGCAGCUUGUCGAGGUCGUGCUGAACAGUAGUUUACAAAGUGUAUGUCAUGACUAGCAGCCUUGGCUGCGUAUAGAUGUCAUUGAACGGAGUUGUGCUAGAGUUCUUGUGUUCUCAUUGAAUAGAUUUUUUUCCAGCAAAAGUAAUGUGGAAUACUUGUACAAGUUUAUCUAAAUUGUCAGUUAAUCAGCAGUGUUGUAGGUGGGAUUCUAAACAAGUCAGAAAAAGCAAAUUAUGGUUCCUAUGGCAGCUAUAACUUGGCAACAGUGCAUGAAUAUGUAGCAUUUUCCUACCGUAUAUAGCAUUUACUGUGUUGCCAUAGCAUGUGUCAUGUAAUGAUGCUGUAGAGAUCACAGCUUUGAAUUUUCUGACUUGUUAAAAAUCAUAGCUGUAAUGGUGCGCUGGCUUAUUUAUUUACAUUCAGUUUUAUGUUCCUGUCUUAAAGGAGCCAGUAUCUUUGUUAAGUAGAAGUCUCUAACAUAGUCAUUUCACGUUAUUCUAUGAUAACUACUUUGUAGAGAAAAUGACUGAUAAGGAGGUAGCUGGGCCUAGAAUUAAUAUCCCUAAUACUGGUAAGAUUCUUCCAAUAUGGAAUUGCCGGUGCAGUGGAAGGAAGCAGUUAGCUGGGCACAGUGACAGUCCUGACAGAUACUCACAUCCCUGACCUUACGUAUGCAGGCGGUCCAGGCAGCGCAGGUACAGGUUUUCUUAUGCUCCGUAAAGAAUGAUUUGGUGAAGAAAGCGCUGCUGAGGCAGACCCUCUGUACGUAGAGAUAUUCUCUGCUUCCGAGCUGAUUUACGUAUACAUCGGUUAUAGAAUUUAAAUGCAGCAGAGACAGAUGUCUGGUGUUUUUUAGUAACAGAACAAAUCAUAGUUAGGUAACUCAGACGUGGUUAAAACAAGUUUCUCAGAGAACUAAGUGCCUAGAAUCUUUCAGUUUAAGAGUGAAAGAGCUUAGUAGACUAAGUGUAGUAUAGCUUCUAUUCUUCGAUCAUCUGUGUCAGUAACUAUGUUAACCUUACUGAUCAAAAAUCAGAUCUGUACUGUCAGUGUGCUGCAUGUGAUAGCGCAGUCAAAACUGAAAAUUCAUGUGUAAAAGGAUUAGUACAAGAAGUGAGGAUAGCAAAUAAACUUAAGCUUUUUUUCUUUGUGUAAGAUUUAAAAAAACUUAUAACGAGAAAUUUGGAGGGGGGUUACACUUUUUAUUUUGUUUGUGGCUGAGCUAAACAUUUAAAUUGGUUUCUGUUUCUCACUUCCUUCCAGUGCUCCAGUGUUACGCUACACUGGUAAUAAUCAGACGUAUGUUGUUUAAAAAAGGCUGAGAAUAAUUCAGAUUGGUUAGAAUUUAAGACCUCUCUUACGUUAACUGUGUGAGCGGUUGUGUGCAUCUUUUCAGUAAUUCCUGGUUUAGGACUGAAAGUCCUCCUAAUCACUCACUGUUGGAUUAAAUGCUGUCUAUAACUCAGCUAAAAAUCGUGGGACAACCAUCCAGCAGAAAAUUUGAGAAGGAGGGGGCAGCAGCUAAGAAGUUGCUCUAAAAGCAGUUGCUGAUUCUGUCAUCGUAAAAAUUACUUCAGACCAGCCUUCUGGAAAUGCUGAACAGGGGCCUGAUGGUGAUGACACGUUUUCCCUGUGCUUUUCCUUGAUACAGUAAGUUAACAUAAAAUAUUAGUCAGCUUCCUAUGUUCAAAGUUUCCAGAUAAUACGUAAAGGUAACCUGUCAGCAGUACUGAAAGCGGUAUGGGACUGUUUUCACCUUUAAGUAACUGAUGUCUGUGCCUUACAUGAUUCCUUCAGUGCAACUGAAGUGUUUACUAAUGCCUUUUGUGAGCCUGUUGCUUAUAGAAUUAUUACAUCAGAACAGCAGCAAGCACUUUUUUUACACAGUGUUAUUCAAAAAGAGUUUUAUUUUUGUCAUGUAUAAAUUUGUACACGGAAUUAUUGUUUUAUUUGACACAAUAUAUAAUUUUUAAUACAAACAUUUGCAUUUGAUGUUUUAAUCUGUGGUGUCUAGCGUGAUGGGUAGA